UAAGGAAAUUACGAUCAUAUUUAAUAAAGACAUAUUAAACUGUUUAUAUCACCCAUUAAUAUUGUAUCUUUGAGCUUGAUGGUAUAUAUACAGAAAGGCAUUCUAUUUUAUGUGAGAAUUAAAUAUCAGAAUAAUGGAUUUAGCUAUUUAUGAUCUUAACAAGACUUCUACUUAUUUUACCAAAGAUACUUAUAUAUGGCUGCCAGAUGAAAAAAAUGUAUGGAUAAGUGCAAUGAUAAUAAGUAUUGGCAUAAAUAAUAAUUUUAUGCUUAAAUUUGAAGAUGGAAGGGAAAAAUCGGUUAAAUUUGAUGCAGCUAAUCCACCUCAACUGAAGAACCCUGACAUUUUUAAAUCAGAAGAUGAUCUAACAUCCCUGAGCUUUCUCAAUGAGGCUUCAGUGCUGGACACCCUGAAGACUCGAUUUUGCCUGCACAAAAAAAUUUACACUUAUUGCGGAAUCGUUUUGGUAGCAUUAAAUCCGUACCAAGACAUACCUUCUCUGUACAGUGACGAAGCGAUCACCAUUUAUAAAUACUCGUACCAAUCUUCUUCCCAAUGUAAAACGUCUCUCGAUCCUCAUAUAUUUGCCGUCGCGCAAAAUUGUUUGACCCAAUUAUCUAAAUUCGACAAAGACCAGUCCAUUAUCAUAAGCGGUGAGAGUGGAGCUGGCAAAACUAUGACAGCGAAAUACGUUAUGAGAUACCUGGCUAAUACAUAUUCGAACGCUUUUAAUUCCAAUAGUUUGAGCAUAAAUCCUGCUAAUUUUUACAGAGGCGACAGUAGGAAAUACGUAAACGCGCCUUCUAAAAAUAAAAAAACGACGGAAUGCGAGGAAAACGACGAGGAUUUCUGUAUAGAAAAGCAGGCUCUAUCGUCAAAUCCUAUCAUGGAAGCAUUGGGUAACGCUAAAACCCUGAGAAAUGACAAUAGUAGCCGGUUCGGAAAAUAUCUCCAAAUCUAUUUUUCCCCACGCUCUUAUAGUAAUAUGAAUAGCAAAUCUCUUGACCACAAAAGGCCCAAGUUAGACGUUACUGGACAAGAUUUGAAUAAAGCCAGGGAUGACGAUAGUUUUGAAGGUGUUAAAAUCAGCGGGGCUAAAAUGAAAACUUACUUGCUCGAAAAGUCUAGGGUGAUUUCGCAAGCAGACGGUGAAAGAAAUUUCCAUAUAUUUUAUCAACUUUGUUCCCUUUACCCGGCUAAGGAGAAUGAUGGUGCUACUGUCAGAGGACCGAACUGGUUCAUGGGGAAAGAUAUUUUGUUAGAAUUAAAAUUAGGCCCCUCAAAAAUGUUCAAAUACUUGAAUUACGGUCGAUCUGCAAACAUACAAGGCGUGAAUGAUUGUAGCAUGUUUCUAGAAACAACCAAGGCUUUUACAUUAAUGGGUUUUAAGAAAGAAGUUCAAUGCGAUAUAUUUAGGAUUCUGGCGGCCAUUUUACACUUGGGUAAUUUGGACAUGGUUAACUUGUGCAAAUACGCCACUCAGACUUUUUCUAUCUCAAACGCUAAGCGUUUUGAUUCGACAGGUAGAAAAGUCAUAAUGAAUACCGAUGAUACGAAUUUGAAUGAAAAAAAUUUGGUCGAUGCUUUGAAUACAAUUUGUUCACUAUUGGGAGGUAUAAAUGUGGAUGAAUUAAUUAAAUCACUUUGUAUUAGAAGGAUAGAAGCUGGAGGAGGUCCAGGAGGGAACGUCGGGCAGCGAGAUGCCAGAGAAGUGAUAUAUUCAUUUUCUACCUCUAGCAAAGCCGAAGGGGUCAGGGAUAGCUUUUCGAAAGAUCUUUACCUAAAAAUGUUUAAUUUGGUGGUCAAAUUUAUUAAUGAAGAGCUUUCUCAUAAAAAUGAAGGCGCGGAAAAUCUUUGGAAAGGCAAGGCUUAUGAAAGGAGCGAGGAAUCAUUUGAGAACACCCAGGAUAACGUUUAUUGUAGAAGUGAUAAAUAUGCAGAGAAUGGAACUGAUUCAGCCUAUUCUAGCUUAAAAUCAAAUCGGCGACCCGAGUAUACUGACAGCUUAUCUCGUAUGCUGAGUGAUCAUAGGAAGUUCAUUGGUUUGCUGGACAUAUACGGCUUCGAAAAAUUUGACCGGAACAAUUUUGAGCAGUUAUGCAUUAACUACGCUAACGAAAAACUACAACAACACUUCAAUGGGCAUAUUUUUAAACUAGAGCAACAGGAGUAUAUCGCCGAGGGCCUUCAAUGGACUUUGGUACAAUUUCGCGACAAUCAAGCCUGCAUAGAUUUAAUAGAAGGGAGAUUGGGAAUCUUGGAUCUCCUCAAUGAAGAAUGCAUGGUGCCCAACGGGUCAGACGAAGGCUUUUGCCAAAAGCUCUACAAACAACACAACGUCAACAAUCCCUCCAAAAAAUUCAUCGAUAACUCCAAUAAUAAUUUCUUCAAAAAACCCAAAUUUGGCGAGGUAUCAUUCAUCGUGUGCCAUUCCUGUGAAGAUAUAGAGUACAAUGUUAAUGGCUUUUGCAAUAAAAAUCAAGAUAAAUUUUCAACAAUGGACGAUCUUACAAUAGCCAAUUUGUUUAACAAUAGCAAGAAUUUUGUUGUUGAUGAAAUGUUCAAGCCAGAAGCUUUGAACGGUACUGAUAUUAAUACCGGCAUAACAUAUAAUGGUACACUCAAGAAAAAUUCACAAGCCAAAUACAAAUUAACCGUCAGUUCUCAGUUCAGGGACUCCUUGAAAGACCUUAUGCUAAUUUUAAAGGCUUCAUCGCCCCAUUACGUUAGGUGUAUCAAAACGAACGAUCAUAAAUCGCCAUUUGACCUCGAUGCCAGGAGAACGGUUCAACAACUUCGGGCUUGCGGUAUACUCGAGACCAUUAAAAUUAGCGCAGCUGGUUAUCCUUCAAGAUGGUCGCUCGGGGAUUUUUAUAAGCGUUACCACGUACUAGUCACGUCCAAAGAGAUCAAAAAAAUGGAUCAAAAAGAAGCUAGUCUAUACAUACUUCAAAAAAUAUUCCUAGACGAAAAAGAUCAAAAAAAGAAUGGCUUGGAUGAUGAUAAAAGCGCGAAAUACAAAAUGGGCAAAACAAAGGUUUUUUUUCGUUCCAAUUGCGUGGCUUUCCUGGAACGAUGCCUACAUAUCCGUAAAACGGAAGCAGUUACCUGCCUCCAAAAAAACAUAAGGGCAUUUUGUCAGCGAACUCGGUAUCGCCUAAUUCUACAUACCGUCCAACUUUUGCAACGUAUGGCUAGAGGAUAUUUGGCCAGGAAAAAAUUUGUGGAGUUAAAAAGAUGCAAAUGUGUCACGAAGAUUCAGGCAGCAUGGAGAUGCUACGCUACUCGGAAAUCUUUCUUAAAGCGCAAAAGAUGCGCCAUCACCAUUCAAUCGUACAUAAGACGUUAUCUGGCCUGGAAAUUGUUUAUAAAGUUACAAAAACACAAAUGGUCUGUCAUAGUUCAAAAACAAUAUAGGAUGUGGAUCUGUAGGAAAAAAUUCCUCGCUACUUGUGCUGCCGUGCUUUUGAUACAAUGCUGUUAUAGGAGAUUCGUGGCUAGGAGGGAACUGAAAAAAUUAAAAGCUGAAGCAAGUACUAUAACAUUUCAAAGAAACAUGAACAAAGGACUGGAAAAUAAAAUCAUUCAAUUACAAAUAAAAUUAGACAACGAAGUGAAAAAUUUUCGCUCUUUAGAGGAAAAUUAUCGAAAAUCACAAACCACCGUUAUAAAUUUUGAAACGCAAAAUUUAACGUUGAAAAUUCAGCUCAAAGAUACUCUUAGAGACUUGGAAACUUUAACUAAAUCUUACAAUGAUUUGAUUAAAGUUAAUAUGGAUCAAAAUAUUUUGAAGAGGGACAACAGCUUCAACUCCGCAUCUAUUCAAACAGAAAUGAAUAUGAAUGAUUUAGAAUCUAUAUUAAAGCAUCAAACAUUUACGGUAAAUACCCCGUCUACGAAAAUGAAGUCAACUGAAACAUCGGAAAUUCAUCGCGGACAUCUUAAUUUUGAUUCUUGUUAUCAAAUCCUUAACAACCAAAUAAAGCUUGCGGUCGAGCCUGUUGAUCAAGAAGGGAUGUCAAUCGGCAAGACACUCAAAGGAAUGGAUCUUUUAUUCUACACCUUCUUUGAAAAAUUAAACCCUUUUGAUCUCAUUUCCCCUAUUGACUCCGGCCAAAUUAAUCGAGAAAAUCCGGAAGACGAUAUUGAUUCUAAUGGCUCGUGGCUUCUUCCCGCUCGUGUGUUCAUUAUGUGUUUGAGGCACUGCGACGCGUGCAGGUGCGAGAGCAAAACAGAAGAAUUCAUGCAAACUUUAUUACUCCGUAUCAAAUCAGUCGUUCAUACGAAUCAUGAUUUAUCUUAUAAAGUAUUUUGGUUGGCUAAUAUGCACGAAUUUUACGAUCUCUUGCGAUUUUUUAGCCCAUUUGAAGGAGAUGAUAUUGACCAUGAAGAAUGCGAAAAAUUUGCUAACCUGGAUUUCGCGCGAUUCUUUCAACCAGUAUAUGAAUGUAUUGAAGAUUUGUAUCGCUCUAUAAUUUACAACAUCAUCAACAAAUUGUCGCAACUUAUAAUUCCUGCAAUACUGGAAAAUAGCAUUAUGAAUUCUCACUAUCGUAGCGGUAUUCACAAACUUAACCUGUCCGUCGAUUCAUCAGAUGCCAAUAAAUCUCGGUCUAAAGAUGACGUACCCUUAAAAAUUUUGAUUAAACAACUGGAAGAAUCUUGCGCCAUAUUUGAACGGUUGAAAUUGAACCGGGAACUGGUGAUACAAAUUUUUAAGCAAAUCUUUUACAUGAUCGGUGCCAUGGUCUUCAAUGUUAUCUUGCAAAACAAAAAUUAUUGCAAUUUUACCAAGGCAACGCAAAUAAGGUACAAUUUAAGUCAGUUGGAAACCUUUUGCCGCAAUAAUUCACUAUUGUGUAAAGGCAAUAUAAUUAGCGGGCUGGAACCUCUAAUGGCGGCUUCCCGAAUGAUUCAAUCCAGAAAAACUCUGGAUGAUUGCGAAUCGCUCUGCAAUAUAAGCGAGUCCCUCAGGCCUUGUCAAAUAAUUCAUUUACUCGUCUCUUACACACCGACGGAGGAAUAUGAACAAAGAGUCACGCCAGAACUCAUCGACGCUUGCAAAAUCAGACUUUCUCUCUCAUCCCUCCCUUUAAAGAUUAACUCCAAGUUUCAUAAUAAUCAAAGCUCAUCGGGGGGUUUAAUGGGUAGGAUGUUCAAAACCCUGUUUUUUAAUUCUUCAGCCUCCGCUUCCCUAGUUAAUAAUAACCCGGCGGAUACAUUACAUAACCGCAAAAGUCAUUCGAUUCUAACGGAGUCCUUUAAUUUAGAUGUAGUAGUGGCCACGAAUGAUAGCGAGAGUAAUAAUAACAAAGAAAGGAGAAAAGGUAGUGUUAAAGAUGAUCUCUAUUGUGACAUUUACCAUUUUCAUCCCCUAAACUUACCUCUCUGCUCCGAUAGUAAUGACAGUCAGAAGCGUAUCUUAAAAGUUGGGUUGGAGAACCUAAGGAUACCGGACCAGCUCUUGGGCAUGAGAUUUGCACAAACUUAAACAGAAUUUCUAAGCUCACCACUUUUCAGCACAAAAUUUUACCCUACUCAAGUUGCUUAUUCUAUCUCCUUCAUUUAUUUCGUAGGAAAUAAAUUAAUGAUUAGAGAAGUUACAAAAAACGUUCAGUCUGGUUUACUUCCAUGGUUUCUGCUAUCACUUUGAAAAUCACAAAAAAUUUGAGCUAUCAAAUUCAUAUAAACUAGAGAAAUUGCGAAUUUUAGACAAAUGCUUCCAUGCUGUACCUUCUAAAGAUGGUAAAAAUUAACACUCUCAUAUUUGAAUUUACCGAAAUUUUAUUCUAAAUCUACCAUUGCCAUCAAAAAAUAAAAAAUGACGAUUCUAUUGAUCCCCAAAACCUGGAAAAUUUUGAGAUAGUGGAACAAAUUUUGCAUUUCAUCAAGGAUAAAAGCGCCUCUCGAGAAAUAAACAUUUA